AUGUUUCAACUUCCAGUUGAGUUGCUUAGGCAAAUCGCUCGAAAUCUUCAGCGAGAGAGAGAUAUUAGCGCCCUGGCUCGGACGAACCGCCGACUCUACGAAUGUGUCAACGAUGUUCUUUACCAAUAUAACGUACGGGAAAACAAAAGUUCGUCACUGUUCUGGGCAGCAGCCAGCGAUACCGCCCAAACUGCAAAACUCGUGAUCACAGCUGGGGCAUCACAGCUCGGUGAAGCCUUGUGUUUAUCGGCGAAAAAUGAAUGUUGGCAGGUGACGAAAGUUGUGCUAGCCAGCUGUGGCGACCAGGUCAAUUUCAAGGAUGAAAGCGGUAGAUCUGCUUUGCACUGGUCCGUCUCAAAACAACAUCUAGACACCAUCAAGCUGCUACUUGCAACUGAAGGGGUGGAAAUGGAGCUCCACGACGAAAAUGGCCAAACUCCUUUGAUACUAGCGGCACAUCUGGGUCAUAUACCCGCGGUCAGGCUUUUGUUAGAAGCCGGAGCCGAUGUGAACACUUCAGCCGCCGAUGAUAUGGACGCUUUUGAAGCCGCCAUAACUUCCGGACACGAGGAUAUUGCCUUGAUUCUGCUCGAAACGGGGCAAGUGAAGUCAGAGGCCAGAGGUGCCACGUUAACGACGCCGCUGAUAAGAGUGGCAGAGCUUGGGCUUUCCUCUGUUGCUAAAUACUUGGUUGGCGAAGCGGGCGUUGAUAUUAACUCAAAGGAUCGGGAUGGCCAGUGUGCACUGUCAAUGUCUGCAAUGCAUGGCAGGGAGCCAGUGGUUCAGCUGCUGAUCAACUCUCCGGGAGUCGAGAUAGAGGCAAGGGACAGUAAAGGCCGACCGCCAUUUUGGCGAGCUGCAAUGAAUGGUCAUAUAGACAUUGUGAAAUUACUCAUUGACACUGGUAAAGUGGAUAUCAACUCGAAGAGUAAGACUGGAGGGACGUUAUUGGCAUGUGUUGCUUUUGAUGGCAACGAAAUCGUUUUUAAGCUUCUCCUCGAGAAUGGCGCCCAAGUAGACGUACGAGAUGAUGAUGGUUGGACGCCACUCAAAAGAGCCGCGCAGUCUGGCAAUGCAGGCAUCGUACAGCUACUACUUGAUACGGGAAAAGUCGAAGUCGUCCCGGGUAAUGAUAGUGGGAGCCGGACAGCAUUAUCUUGGGCUGCUAGAAACGGACAUGAAAACGUCCUCAAGCUUUUACUUGCCAAUGGAGCAGACCCCAGUCGCGAGAACCCUGACCACACAACGACGCUUUGCAGCGCCGCCCAAGGCGGGCAUAUCGGGAGCGUGCAGCUACUGUUAGAUACAGGUAAGGUGGAUGUCAACGCAAUAAUGCCAUGGAAUAUGACAGCCAUAGGAGUAGCCGCGUUGAAGGGACAUACGCCGGUAGUAGCUCUUUUGCUCGCGUCUGGUGCAUACGCCAACAUUAGGUGUCAGGGAGGCUUCACACCACUGGCCCUGGCGGCCAUGCAGGGAUAUGAACAGACUGUAGAUUUCUUGCUGAACUCUGGAUCCGUCGAUAUCGAUAUCAACACAUUAUGCGAGAUCGAAGGGACACCUAUCUCUUGGGCUGCUGCGAGAGAUCAUGUCAAAGUUGUUGAGCGCCUCUUGCAGGAUCCUAAUAUUGAUGUCAACAUGGCAGAUAGGGAGAAUGUUACGCCGCUAUUUCUCGCAGUUUCUGGUCGCAGCAUAGACAUAGCUCGGUUGCUAAUGAGGACUAAGGGGAUUGAUAUGAACACCAAAGAUAAAUCGAACGGGUGGUCGCCCCUAUCAUGUGCCGUGGGUGGCAACCAUAUCUCUAUGGUUGGACUUCUAUUGAGCUCCCACAGCAUAGAUAUCAACUCCGAGGACAAAUCUAACCGGACACCAUCAACGCUUGCUUCGUUGAAUCCAAGUCCUCGCUUGGCCACAUUACUACUGAAGACCGGGAAGGUAAAUCUAGGUUACAACCCAGACAGAGACAAUGAGCUGCUCUUUUGGGCUGCGGAAUACAACCACGGGGGUGUCAUGCGGCUUCUCCUAGACUCCAAGAAGGUGAAUGUCAACGCUCGGGACGAGGAGGGCCGGACAACUCUUUCUCUAGCCACGUCCAAGGGGCAUCGCCGGAUGGUUAGUCUCUUGCUACGACGAAGCAACGUCGAUGUCCAUGCUGAGGACAUUCAUGGCAAGACAGCAUUGGCGUUGGCAAUGGAACGGGGGGACGGACCGACGUCUGAUCUGCUCCGGGUUUACGGAGCCCGACAAUGA